AUGAGCAAAGGCUCGCGACUGUACCGCGCACCUGAAUACUACGGACAAAAAGUACCAAUUCGUCCGUCAGAACAGGUUAUAAAAUUUCUACUAAUGGAAUUUUGAGCUGUUUUUCGAGGAAACUUGCUGAUUGUGAGAUUUUUUCAGAUGGCCGAGGUGCCGGGGAAACUCGAUGCUCGCUUUUGGUUAGAAGGAACUCCUUAUAUUUCCGAAGAAAAUGUCGGAACUGGGGCCUAUGGAGUCGUGUGCAAGGCUGUCGAUAUGGUAAGCAUAAAAAUCGUAUAGAAUAUUGAAUUUUUCCAGCUUGAGAAAAAAAAAAGUAAAAAUAUUAAUGAUUUAAGAGAUCUCAAACAAAAGUGGCCAUCAAAAAGAUCCCACGUGCCUUCACCGCCAACACACUCGCCAAAAGGUACCUUGAGAACCACCUUCCAUUUCACAUAUCACUGUCAGAUCCCUGCGAGAAGUUCGAAUUCUUCGCGAGCUUCUCCAUGAGAACAUCAUUGCGGUCAGAGACAUGUUCACGGCUGAAGGAACCGAGGUUGGAAAGAUUCAGAGACACUGAAUAUGUAUGACUGUCCUCAGGGUAAGGACAUCUACCUGGUGAUGGACCUGAUGGAGACAGACUUGCACCAGAUUCUGCAUAGUCGGCAAUCUCUAAUCGAAGACCAUUUCCAAUACUUUCUCUACCAAUUAUUGCGAGGGUUGAAAGUAGGAAAUUGCAGAAGGAUCUCCCUUUCAAAUAAAAUUCAGUACCUUCAUUCGGCCGGCAUUAUUCAUCGUGAUUUGAAGCCUUCUAAUCUGCUUGUCAACGGCGACUGUCUUCUCCGAAUCGGAGACUUUGGAAUGGCCCGUUCUAGUGCUUCGGAUGUCUCCUCCGCAGAAGAUGCUCGUAUCGGUGGUCAUUUGACGGUGAGAAAGCCUUCCUUCAACAUAAAUAACCAAAAAGUGCAGCAAUACGUGUCUACCAGAUGGUACAGGGCUCCGGAAAUACUCUUCUCCUUCGGCCAAUACGACACAAAGUAUGUUUCUUCCGGUGAUCGGAACUCGAUGGGAGCUUUUCAGAGUUGAUCUCUGGUCCGUCGGCUGUAUUUUCGGUGAGAUGCUCAACCGUCGGCAAAUUUUUCCCGGCAAAGACGGGAGUGCACAGGUGAAAAUGAUCGUCUACUUUCUGGGUACACCAGAACGCCAGGUGACUUGACACUGAGAUUAGAAGUUGACAGGAAAGAUUAGGUCAUGGCAAUGUCUUCACGACUGGUUCGAGACUGGAUUGAAGAAUGCGGUCACAAAGAGCCGCUGCCUUUCGCUGCCAUCUUCCCCAAAGCUAGCCAAGAAGCUGUCAGCAUCAUCUCGCAGGUUACUACUUUUCAAAAAGAAAAAAAAGAAGUAGGGUAGGAAGUAUUUACCAUUUAAUUCUCCAAUGUUCAAAAAUCGCCACUUUCAGAUGCUUCAAAUAUCUCCUUGGUCACGCGGAUCCGCCGAACAAGUUCUGGCGCAUCCCUACCUCGCGAAAUACCACAACGAAAAAUACGAGCCGAUGUGUCAUCCACGGUAGGAGCCAUAGCGCCAAGAAUAUAAACCCAGUUUGCUAGUUUGCUGACAAGGGAGGUGUUUUUGGUGGCCGGUUGAACUUUUGUUGAAACUUUGCUGAAAGGUACUAUAAAACCUCUUCUUUCCAGAACACGAAUAAAAUUUCUCGCAAUAGAUCUGGGAUCGUACGCGAGCCACAAUCCCUCUUGCCUUGCAGCAGUUAUUCAGCGUGCAAACUUUAAAGCUUCAUAACUCGAAAACGAGAUCUAUUGCGAGAAAUUUUAUUCGUGUUCUGGAAAGAGGUACCAAAAACACUUCCCUUGUGAGACCAACUUUUAGACACAAUCUAUAUAGAAUAUUCCAGGCAAUUUGUGCAAACUUAAAUUUCAAAUCCAUUAAAUUUUUUUAUUAGAAAGGCUUCAUUUUCUAGAGAUAUCCUAGACGCAGUUCGACUUCAUAACGCCCUCAUUAGCGCUGCUAAAAUUAUUUUUCUCCAAUAUUCAAUUCAAAAUCCCAGACCAUUAGGCUCGUGAAAGUCUACAAAAAUAUUUUCUCAUUUCUUCCUUUCAAACAAAAAAAAACCGAGGAUACAUUUCUGAGUUGACGACGGACUAGUCUAUGAGAUCUUUGCGGCCAGAAGUCUUCGGAAUGAGCCGCUCAACAAACAGAGAAAAAUAAAAGCUAGAUAGCCUCUUUUUUUUUCAUCAAACUCCCAUUUCAGAGUGCAAAUCGACAUCGACGCGAUAGAGGCACUAGGACCAGCAGACGUCGUGGCGGCUUUGAACCAAGAAGCCCACAUUUUCGAGGAGCGGCGUGGAACUUCUUACGAGACGAGGUUAGCCGAACGCGAAAUCUCCUCCAAGGCCUACGAAAAGUUCCUGUGACGUCAUCGCCCUAACCUCGCUUUUCAUUAACAAAAAUACGUGUCCCGUUUUUUUUUUCUAUGAAUAAACACUUUUUGUUGAAAUAUUGCUUCACAUGACGCUUUUGUUUCGUUCUCAUAACACAUUAACAGUCUCUGGCCUUUUCAAAUGGGCGUUUGUUCAAAAAGAAGAUUCUUAUCAACAGGAAAACUGCUGAAAUGGCGUCAAUGCUGACUUUUGAAUACGCGAUUGCUAAAAAAAAAACAAGAAAUUUGCAGCGAUUAUGAUGCAAAAGCCUCGGAACUACGCACAUUAAUGGAAAUGACGUUAAAAUAAUGACAUAAAAUAUCUUGCUUCCAAAACUAUUUACCUUCGAGGCGCAUUCGACAUUUUUCGACCCUUGUCCUUUCAACUCUCGCAAGCCAUUUUUAAAAAAAAACAAUCGCUUCGCCAGGAACAGUAAAAAAUUGUAGGAAAGUCCCUGUAUCAUUGGAAGAAGACGGAGCAGUGGAAGAAGCAGAAAGAAAGUUUGAGCCGAGAGAAGACCCGACGGACCAUUUGGCCCAUGAGAAUUGUUUCGAGAACUUGCAAAACGGCGGUCAGAACGAAGCUUCCAGUUCAAAAAAUUCCAACAGCGAUGACUUUUGUGACGAAGACGAUGAAACGUGGAGCCAUUCUUCAGCAGAAACUGUUGGAACAGUUCGACACGUUGGAUUAUCUGAACAAAGGUUUCUUCUAAAGUGAGAACAUCAUAUCAAUCGAAGCAUCAUUCUGUAGACGCCCGAUUUCCAUGGAGUAUUCAUCAGCAGAUGAAGAAACGCGGCGAUCAAACAUAGAAAUCGCAAACUCUAGCCAGAAUCCGUUUCUUGUGGGAAUAAACUGGCCGCUCUGUGAAGCCAGCACAUCCAGCGCCCCGCCAAUGCUUCAUCGGUAUUUAUCGAGAAAAUAUCUUCAAGCCCGAACGUUUAUUUCAGAAGUCCCGGCAGUUUAAAACAUGGUCAUAGGAAUUUUCCCGAGCGUAGGGGAAGAGAACCAGCAGAGCGGAAGAGAGGAGGGCCAAAAGUUCGAGAGAAAAGGGUUUAUGUUAGUUAAAUUGCCGCCAUUGCAAUAUAUUUUCCCAAAGAAGAUAAUUUUAUUUCGCCUCUGGAGCUUUUUGAAGAGUCUUCGAUAUACUUAACACCAUGAAAUCAGCAUCUCGCACAACUUUUUCGUUUUCAAGAAAGGAUGUCGAAAGGUCAAGAACAACUUUUCUACGACGGAAUUUAACAUUCGAAAAAGCCUAAGCCGCCUUUUUCCAAAACGAAAAAAUAUGAUUUUUUUUGCGACUUUUCGGAUAUGUCUCUAGUGCAGCAAAAAUUGUAUGAGGAAAUUUUUAUCAACUUUUUAAGUGCAACUUAAAAAGAGGUUCUAUGUUGAAUAGAGUUUGAAUCAAGAUAGUUGUUACUGUUUAAUAAAAAAAAAAUUCAGAGCGAGACUUCUUCAGAGGACAAGGAAAAGUUUGCUCGCGCAAAACUCCGAAAAUCUCGACAGCAACUACGGAAAUGCAGCAAAGAUGAAGACAGAAGGCAUUGA